AAAAGAGUAAACCAUUUCUUAGGGCAGACAGCAAUAUUUGAUUUCAUUGAAAAAUCAAGACAUAUUAGACACUCCAAGAAAUAAGAAUAAAAAAUUAAGACAAAAUUGGGCAAUUACAUCCGCCCAUUAAGGAAAUUUAUUGAAAGGGUUUUGCCGUCGUGUUAGUGAUAAUAUUUUGUGGGAAUAUUAGAAAGUUGAUUGGUGACUACUGGCUAUCAGCGAAUCCAGUCAAAAAGUGGAGGUAGGUAGGACGGUAAGAUGGCGACGAGUCGGACUACGCGGAUUCAACAAUCAAAAAAUAUAAGCUCAAUUUUCUCGAAGCUGCAUGGUGCCUUUUCAGAGGCGUGUGGGCCACAACGUUUGUCAACAGAUAAAAAAACAUUAGAAAAAACAUGGAAACUCAUGGACAAAGUGGUAAAGUUGUGCCAACAACCAAAGAUGAAUCUGAAGAACAGUCCUCCCUUCAUACUGGAUAUACUACCAGAUACGUAUCAACGUUUAAGGCUCAUUUACUCGAAAAAUGAGGAUCAAAUGCACAUACUGCAUUCGAAUGAGCACUUUAACGUCUUCAUUAAUAAUCUGAUGCGCAAAUGCAAACAGGCAAUCAAAUUAUUUAAGGAAGGCAAGGAAAAAAUGUUUGAUGAAAGCUCACACUACCGACGUAACCUCACUAAACUUAGUCUAGUAUUUUCGCACAUGUUAAGCGAGUUAAAAGCCAUAUUCCCAAAUGGAGUCUUUGCAGGUGAUCAGUUCCGAAUUACUAAGGCUGAUGCAGCCGAUUUUUGGAGACAUAAUUUUGGCAAUAGCACUUUGGUACCAUGGAAAAUAUUUAGGCAGGAAUUAAAUAGAGUGCACCCAAUAUCCUCCGGUUUAGAAGCUAUGGCAUUAAAAACAACAAUUGAUCUAACGUGCAAUGAUUAUAUUUCAAACUUUGAGUUUGAUGUUUUUACACGACUGUUUCAGCCUUGGGCUACACUUUUACGUAACUGGCAAAUAUUAGCUGUUACACAUCCUGGUUAUGUGGCGUUUUUAACAUAUGACGAGGUGAAAGCUCGACUACAACGGUACAUACACAAAGCAGGAAGUUAUGUGUUUAGAUUAUCAUGCACGCGACUUGGGCAAUGGGCUAUUGGAUAUGUGACUGCUGAUGGUGAGAUAUUACAGACGAUACCACAGAAUAAGUCAUUGUGUCAAGCAUUGUUGGAUGGGCACAGGGAAGGUUUUUACUUAUUUCCUGACGGCCAGCCUAACAAUCCAGACUUAUCAUCAGCUGUACAAAGUCCUACAGAAGACCACAUAACAGUUACACAAGAGCAAUAUGAAUUGUACUGUGAAAUGGGCAGCACAUUUCAACUAUGUAAGAUUUGUGCAGAAAAUGACAAAGAUAUUCGAAUUGAGCCUUGCGGGCAUUUAUUAUGUACGCCGUGUCUAACUUCCUGGCAAGUGGAUUCAGAGGGACAAGGUUGUCCGUUUUGUAGAGCAGAAAUAAAAGGUACGGAACAAAUUGUUGUGGACGCUUUUGACCCUAGAAAGCAGCAUAAUCGCAAUUCCACAAAUGGGCGACAUCAAAAUAAUGACGACGAUGAUACCGAGGACGCCGGAGAAUUCAACAUUGCUACGUCAUCUUUACAUGCGCUUAGUAACAGUAUGACAUCUUCGGCACAUUCCUCAGAGAAGCACAGUCCACACACUUCACCGCGUUUCGCCAGACGCAGCACGACGCCUAGUCUAAUGGCUGUUCAAAAUGAUCUCUAUGUAGGCGCUGUACCUACCUUAACAUUGGUUAACACAUGCACUACACCACAACCGACAGCACCACCUUUAAAUGGUAAUACGAACGUAAUAAGUGCGGCCCAGAAAAACUCCAAUCGCAUGAGUGCUCCUCUUAUAGGUUCCAACACAAGUAGUUAUGUACAAAAAAUACCUGGUAAAUCUGAACACAACGACAAUUCGAACUCAUCUUAUGCAAUCCUGCAAAAUCUGCAAGAAAAUCAAAGUCAAUCUUCAGCCUUUAAUCCACAAGAUGCACCACCAUUACCACCGCGUAAAUCGACAUCACCAGCAGCUGAACAAACCGUACCGACUACUGUGCUUAAUGGUGCCAUUAAUAAAACAUAUGGUACACAAGGCGUUAGCAACAAUCAGCCUCCUCCUCCUCCUCCCACUAGCAAAAGUGUAGAGAAUCUAACUGCACAUUUGGAAAUCACAGUACCCAAAACUACAGCGCCACCUAUACCAGCGCAUAAUAGUGGUCCACAUGUUGAUACCAUUGUAGAGGAAUUACGUUCUCAACGCUUAACAAGUAAUUCCAUAUCACUUCUCGACGAAGACAUAGUGGGUCCAGCGGAAACAAUUAUGGGUGUCAUUGAUACUAGACCACUUGAGGUUAGAACAGCAAAUCGUUUACCGGCAACUUCUCAUUACACGGAACUCUGUACAACAACAACGUUACACGCCGCCUGUAGUUCUGCAGAUUCAAAGUCUAAAAUUCAAAACCAACCACCAACGCAUCAACCGCUACUUUAUGAGAAUGUGACGAUCAAUCAAAAAGACUGCACUGUACCGUAUGAGAAUAUCAAUCUAGAGUAUAUAACACGGCUGAUGAGUGAGGGCUACUCGAAGGAGAACGCUAUAACGGCGCUUGGUAUCUCUCGCAAUAACAUCGAAAUGGCUUGUGAUAUACUUCGCGAGUUUGUAGCUAAAAAUACUGUAUAAGAUAAUAGAUGCGUCAAUCCCUCACCUUGUUCUUCUGCCAUUUACUAAGCACUGCUUGUAACCGUCAGAGGUACCUGGUUGUGUGGCUAUGCCAUCAUUGUGAUUGCAAAAACAAAAACAAAAACAAAAAAAAAAAACAAAAACAACAAAAAUAAUUAUUAAAAGUCCCAAUAUUUAAAUUUUUAUUACUUCACAUUUUUAAAGAAAAAAAUUUGUAGAAAUCACUUAUAGAGUUUACAAAAGAUCCACAAAACUACGCCCAUUACUGAAAAGCAAUCUGGAAAAUAUUUAUAUAUAUGUUUACAUACAAACAUAUUUAAAUACUAAUUCUUUAUAUUAUAUAAAAUUAAUAUAAGCAAAUGAAACAAGGCAAAAGGCGUGUUGUAAGAAAAUCAAAAUAUUUUCCCACACAUAGCAUUCUACUUUAAACUACUUUUAACAAAAUUGUCAAGAAAUCGAUUUAUUUAUAUAUGUAUCUCACAGGUUUUAUCGAUUUUAAUUAUUAAUAUAUUUUUUUGAUAUUGUAUAUUGAAAAUAAAUACCUCUUAGUUUUGUAAAAGCUUAGGGUUAAAAGACGACGAUAAGCCGACGUACUAAAAACAACAAGUUCACAGCUUAAACAUAGUAUUGGUACUUCUGAAAGAUAAUGGUGUGCAAUAAUAAAGCUAAAAGUUCAUCAAACAUACUUUAUUGGAAACCAUCAUACAAAAGAAUGUCUUAUCUAAACUUAGAUUAAUUUCAUUUAAAUCAAACUGACUAAUUGUUAGUGAUUUAUAAACAUUAGACCGCAGUAAAAAUUUUUAAAGCAAUACGACAAAUUAACAUUGAGAUAUUUCUCAUUUAGUAAUCCAUAUCAAUCGGUUUUAUAGACAAAUUAUAUACUCUGUACCAGGGAAAACUGUCGAUCAGAUUACGUUUCCAAUACUAAUCUUCAAUAACAACAAUCCAUAAUUAUAAAAACCAUAGUUCGUAAAUAAUUUUAUCAAAACAAAAAAAACUUUUGCUGAAAAUCGAAAAUGGUUUGCGGUUUGAGACUUCUCAGUAAACUUCUGAAAAGACACCAAAAGUUAUCGAUAACUUAUAACUAAAUAAAAGUACUAAUAGCUCUGUUGUGGUAUUCGUGAUAUUAGGUCUAAAACUGCAGGAUCAAAAUAAUUAAAUACUUUAAGAUGUGUUCACUAUUGCUUGCCGUUGUUAGCAUGCUAUAAAUAUAUUACGUAAUACCUAUGUAGAUGCCUAAGAAUUAAGUAGGUAUGCCCCGGAUUUAAGACACACAAAAUAACUGAGUAAUAACUAAUGAUUUUACUCAACCGAAACACAGUUUAACAAUGUAUGCCGUUUGAUCGGUAAUUAUUUUAUAUAUACAUAUAUAUGCGCCUAUAGCCUAACCCCCCGAUACAUGAACGUAAAAUGUAAGCAAGAAUUUAUAUUCCAAGUAAUUAUCCAAUUCUUCAUGUACUUCAAAUAUACGAAAAAUAAUAAUUUAUACCUUAUAACCAUAAUUAUGUUUUAUUUUAUAAUCAUAGACUUUAAAUAAGCGACUAUACGAAUAUAUAUUUCCAUAGCCAUGUCAUAAACAACAAUU